CACUGCACGACAAGGGCGCGGACUGGCGCGGACUGGCACACACCGGCACAUCAAAAACAAGAAAAAAAUCCCGCCCGCCCUCCCAUGCGGCGCUUCUUGCAGUCCGCCACGCCAGCCUCCUCGUCGAAGCGGCAGGCGCUCGACCGUCCAGCUCAGCCGUGGGCGUGCGCGGUUUGCACAUUCUUGCACAAGGGCGUCAGAGCCGAGCUCUUGUGGGUGACCGGCAGCAACGCCUUCAGCGCUCUGAUGCAGGGUGCGCGGCAGGCGGCUCGGGUGCUGCACUGCACGCUGCUUCCGGCGAAGGGCGAGCUCGGCUGGCGGGUGUCCUGGGCGACGUCAAACCCGGGCGCUGAAGCGGGCUGGUCGGAGGAGCUGACGCUGCGCUUCGGCGCGGGGGCGGCGUCGGCGCGCGUCCGGCUGCACGCGCCGCCGCUGAGCCAAACACGCCCGCCGCCGCCGCCGCUCCUGCUGCCGGGUGCGGCGGCGAGUGCGCCGAUCUCGCCGCUGCUCAGCCUCCUCAAGUCCGCGCUGCAGAAGAGCGUCCGGCGCGGGCUGGUGGCGGAGGCGGUGGCGCUCGCGGCGGCGCUGCUGAGUGUGGCGGACGAGCACGGGCAGCGGGUGGGCGAGGGGGAGCUGCUGCGCCGGCUGCCGAUCAUAUUUGUGGAGGACGACGCGCUGCCGCACGCGGGCUAUCUGCCGCCGCUCUGCUGGCUGAUGGCGGCGCACCCCAAGGGCCGCGACCACUCGCGAGUGGCCCGCCGUCCGCUGGAGUGA